AUGAAUAAGUAGAUAGUAAUUAUACUUAGCUUAGUCCAUCUAUUACUCACUUAAACAACUAUCAACAAUAUAAGCUAUAUUUACUCUCCAUAAUUUUUAAAUGCAUAAAAUUUGAAUAAUGAAAAGUGGACUCCUCUUCUUAUUGAUAUUGAUAAAACAAACAAUCUUGUUUUUGUUUCUACUGGCUUUUCUGGGAUAUCUAUCCUCGAUAAGCAUGGAAGUAAAAUACUUUUCUCAAAGAGUAUUGAUGAUUAUUUUAUUUAGCACAUUCAAAUCUCAAAUAAUGCAUAGCAUUUAUUUGUAGGAUUUCAAACACAUUUGAGAGUGUAUAAAUUAGAUUUCUAAAUAAAUAAUUCUAAUGAAUUAGAUAUGAAGAGUUUCGUUUAACUGUAAGAAAUAGAAUUUUAAACAGGUAUCCUUAAAAUUCUUUAUUAGGAAUAGCAAGAGUUAUUGAUAGUCUCAGGAAAAUUUGGCAUAAUAAAUGCUUAUGAUACUUCAAAUAAGAGUUAAAUCUACCAAAUUGGAACUUUUACAGUUGAUAAUCCUCUUAUAAAUGGUCUUUUUCUCACAAAAGAUGCAUAAUGGCUUUAUGUAUCAGCAGACACUUUAGGAAUAGUUAUAUUUAGAUUGCAAGAUAAUUAUUACUAAAAUAAUUCUAAAGGCUAACGAUAACUUCAAUUUAUUGUUGCUGGAGAAGGAAUUUUUGGUACUUAAGCUAAUUUUUGCUAGACCACAUCUGAUUAUUAUGUUUUUUGCUUUGAUUUUUGGUAUGGAUUCUUUAUUUCUAAUUCUUAAUAAGUCAUUGAAGCUUAAUAAGAAUAAUACCCAGUUUAAAUUACAUUUUAAGGAUACUGGCCGUUUUCAUAGAUUGUUCCCACUAUAUAGUCAUUAAUGGUUAAUUAAUAAGAAACUCUAUUAUUAAUAGGAGUCAGGUCUUAAGGAAUUUAUAUAUUUGAUAUAACUAAAAGACCACAGAUUAGUCUUCUUUAGCAAAUCAAAGCAGAUUCUUUAGCCUACUCAAUAAAACUUUCUCAAGAUGAGAAAUAUCUAUAUUUAUCUAACUCUUAGUCUGUCUUAACUUACUAACAAGUAGAAAUAAGUUUGAAUAAUAACUUUCCUAAUUUAUUUAACAUUCAUUAAGCAAAAUUUGAUUAAUUAGAUUAAAUCACUCAUAAAUCAAGAUGCUAUAUUGAUUCUACUAAUUCUUACUUUAUUGGUGCUUUUGAUUCAGAUGGAAUAUUCGUCUUCCCAUUUUACAAAAAUCCAUAUAAACUAAAUAUUUCUAACUAUCAGAGCUAUCCUAUUGCAUCAGACUCUAUUUACUUUGAAUCAUCAAACAAGUACAUGAUUGUUCCUUAGAAAAUUUCUAAUUUUCCUCUUGAAAUUUACUAAUACAACCCUAUUAAUAGCAACUAAGAUCAAAGUAACAUAUCUUUAAUGAAUAUUAAACUAGUUAAGAAGUAUAACUCAAAUACUAUUAAAGUUAGUGAAAUGAUAACUUUUAGCUAUGAUAAAACAUUUGCUGUCUAAACCCAUUAAACAGGAUUGAUUCUAUAUAAUUCUACAGAUAUACUUAAUAUGUCUAUUUAUCAUUUAUGGGAAAAUCCUGAUUUUAUCUAAGGUGAAAACUAGGGCGCAUGUAUCACUAAAGAUAAUAAAUGGGUAUUAAGUACUGUUAGAUAAUUUGGGGUUUAUUUGCUAAAUGUAGAAGACAAGGCAAACCCUAUACUCUCUGAUUACAGUCUUGAUUUUGGUGGAGAGAGUAUUUUGAUUUCUUAAACUUUUAAUUAUGCCUAUUUGAUAGAUGGCGUAAAGGGAUUUGCAAUAGUAGAUAUUUCAAGUUUCCCUAAAAUAUCAAUUUUAUCUAAAAUUGCUUUAGAAGGAUAUGCGAUCAUGAGUCUACCAUUAUAAAAUGAAGAUUAUAUAUUGGUAACAUAAUAAGAAUAAGGAGUAUUACUCACUCUUAUUGACAUUAGAGAUAAACACUAUCCAUAUAUCAUAAAUAAAAUUAUGUAUGGAUCUUAAAUAUGUUAAGCCAUUUGUAUGCCAUAAACCUAGGGUUUUAUUUUCCUUACAUUAUCCUAAGGAAUUUUAACAAUCCCCAUGUAAAGUGAAAUUUAAAUUCAUACUGACGCAAAUCUUAUUACGUUAAAUCAAAGCAGUGGAAUACCUAUAAAUGAAAGAUUGAAUAAAAGUGAUUUAUCUCUGUAAAUAGGUAGCCCAUAAAUAUUAAAUGAAUAUAUCUUGUAAGUAGGAUAAAAAGUAUAGUUUAGCUUUAGCAUUCUUUACCCUGUUUCCAAAGAUAUAAGCAUAGAGAACAUCUAUUUUUAUAAAGAUGGUUAGAUGGUAAAUUUACCUUCGUUUUUUUAGUUUGAUCUCUUCUCUCAAUCUCUAUAAUUUACUGUCUAAAAUUAAUUAUUAGGAAAUAAUUAAAAUUAGCUAAAUCUUAUUAUAAUACUUCUUUGGACUAUCAUUCCUCUUGAUUAGACAUCAUUUUAAUAUUUUUCUGAAGAUUCAAAUGACUUUGCUGUUACAACCCUAGAUUAGUCUGCACUCAUCUAUUAGUAUCUUUAAAAUUAGAAUAUACUAGACUCCAAUAAUAAAGUAAAUCCUAGUUAUGAUUUUAGCAAAGAUUUAUAGUUGAAUAGUUAAUUUAAAAGUUAGCUUGUUAACUCUCAAUUAGUUAGCUAUAAUAUGUAUUAAAUAAUCACCCAAUAAUUAUAAUAAAAAAUAAAUUUAACUUUGAAAAAGUCAUGCUAUUUAAAUCCAAUCAAGUUUUAUGUAGUACCAUCACUAAAAUUUGAUAAUGAAAAAAUCAGCCAGUUUAUCUCAACGAAUUAAAUCCAAUUAGUAUCUGUAACCCUAUAGAUUAACAUUAAGGACGGAAAAUUUGUUUAACUAAUUUAAAGUAGUGUGGUAACUUUUAUUUCACCAUAACAAGAUCAAUUAAAAAUAUAAGGUUCUCUUGAGAAUGUAAACAACGUUUUGUAUAAAAAGGUAAUAUUUUCUAAUAAUACAUAAAUCACAGAAAAUAAUUCUCCAAAUAUAACUAUCACUAUUACAGACAAUACAAACUAUCCCUUAGUUUAAACAUUUAAAAUAUCUAAAAGCAAUUUUAUCAAACUGAAAAAAUAAUUGCAAAUUAAUUAAGAAAAUAAUCUACAAAAAUAAUUGGAAAAUUAAUAUCCGAACAGUGUGCUCUAUAUAGCUUCUGAUGUUUAUAUUUCAUUUUCUUCAAAUUCAUUUUUUGUAGAAGAUAUUUCAUAGCUGAGCUAUAAAUAUUUAUACGAAACAAAAAAUGGAAUAUACGAAUAAAUUCCUCCUGACUUUUGGUUGUAAUAAUAAGAUGAACAGUUAAAUCUAAAAGGUUCCACAACAGCUAAAAUGUAUAGAAAUACUUAUAAAUUUAAAAUAAUAGCUUCUGAUGGAUAUACUCAAGCAGAAGACUAUUUUUAGGUAACUGUUUCAGGGAUAUCUUACUUGUAUAUAACAAAUUUACUGAUUUAGAUAUUAGGGCCUUUAGUUGCAAUCUUAGGUUUGUACAAAUAUAGAGGAAUAUUAUAUAAUAUUAUUUUAAAAAAUAAGAUAACUUAUUCAGAUGAAACAGCAAUUUGUGGAUAAUUGUUUCACAAAGAAAUUGUAAUUUUAGGGAGAACUUAAGAAACCGCAAGAAUAAUUUUAAAUAAAUUAUUCAAAAAUAUUUUAAAUUAAUAAAAAUUUAAAGAAAAUAUAAAAGAAAAAUAUAUCCCUGAAUAGUAUUUUUUUGAAGACAUUUAUAAAAAAAGCUCACAUUCUCAAGAAUAAAUUGAUUUAUUAGAGGAGUAAUAAAAAUAGCAAGGCUCAUAAGAUUAAAUAAUUAAAGGAGAAUCAAUUUAAAAAAAAAUAUAAAUAACAAGUUAAAUAUUAUAAAAGCUUAAAAAACAUAAUCCAAAAUCCAUACUUGAAUAGAGAUAUCUCGAUUAGUAAGGUUAAUUAAGAUUUUCAAAAGUAAUAGAGGACAUCCUUUAAAAUGUAAUAUAUCUGUAAGAAGAAUAUUUUAAUUCUUAUCAAGAAUUUAAAAGUGAAAUAACUGACUAAAAUUCAAGAAUACAUAAGGCUAUAAGAUCUUUAAUUUCAAGAGAUCUUUUAAAUUUAGACAAAAAGACAAAAAAAUUGUAUGAAUUUAUAAAAUAUUAUUGCAUACAAAGUAAUUAAAUUAAUAGAAAUGAUUGGUAUAAAGUUGUUGUAGAUAUAAACUAUGAAUCCAAAGAUAAUUAUUUAAAUUAAAGUUAAAUAUUCCCAAGACUCAAAUUAAAAUGUGAAACUUUAUAUUUAGUUUUUUAGAUGCUAAAUUUAUUACCAAAACAAAUAUCUCAAAAUCCACCAAAAAUAUUUUUUAAGUUUAGCGAGUUAGUAACAGAAUAAAAUUCAAAUUUUAAUUUAUAUUUGCUAAGAGAAGUAUUAUUUGCAGAUGUUUUAGGUUUUAAGUAAAAGAAUCCUUCUCUCUUCUCUCCAUCUGUAGGCUAAUCAAUACAUUUAAAUAUAUGUGAUAUAAGCCAAGUUAUAGCUUUUAAAAAAAGGAAAAUAAAUAAGUGGUUAUAACCAGUAUUUAGAGUGUUGAACAUUGAAUAUACUAAAUUUGGAGCUUUUAAAAAUAUGAGAUUACCUGCUUGGAUGUAUUUAAAUUAAAUGAAUGGAAAAAUAUACUUGCAUGGUGUACCAGAAUAAUAUGAUUCCUAAGAAAUUUAAAUACGAAUUUAUGAUAAUACUGGAUAUGUUAUACGACAAUUCAAUCUGAAAAUUCUAAAUAAUUAUGAACUUAAAAACAAUAAUUUAAAAUCAUAAAUUGAUAAUAUAUAUUCAGUUGCUGAUGAACGAGGAGAAUUAUUUUCUAUUGCCUAAAAUAAAUUAAAGGGUAAUUAAGAAUAAAUAUAUUUUGCUGAUCAAUAAGUUAAGCAUGAUGAAAAUUUUAGAGAUAAUUAUUCAAUUAAUAGUUUAAGGCAAUAAAAAAGAUUACCUUAAUCAAAAUUUAUGGUCAGUUAUUUGAAAAGUUAAAAUUUGGUGUCGCCUAAAGACUUUAUUUCUCACGAUUACCUAAAUCAUAUAAAUAAGUAUGAAUUUAAAAGUAACUCAAAUAGCAAAAAUACCAAUGAAAAUAAUGAAAAUUCUAGGAGUAUCUUUUCUGAAUAUAAUUAAUCUAUCACCUCAGAAGAAUAUUAGAAUUAUAAUUCUUAAGAAACAAAUUAAUUAUGUAUUGAUGAAAUAAAAGAGUGA